AGAACGUGUGCUACCGUCACGAUGCCUGAAGUGAACACAGAUCACUUGGACGAGCAGCAGGUGCAGCUCUUGGCAGAGAUGUGCAUCCUUAUUGAUGAAAAUGAUAAUAAGAUUGGAGCAGAUACCAAGAAAAACUGUCACUUGAAUGAAAACAUUGAUAAAGGUUUACUGCACCGAGCUUUCAGUGUUUUCUUAUUUAAUGCAGAAAAUAAACUAUUGCUGCAGCAGAGGUCGAAUACAAAAAUUACAUUUCCAGAUUGUUUUACCAACACUUGUUGCAGUCAUCCUCUAAGCCAUCCACUGGAACUGGAAGAAAAUGAGGCCAUUGGUGUUCGGAGAGCAGCGCAGAGACGACUGAAAGAAGAGUUGGGGAUUCCCAUGGAGCAGGUAACCCCAGAAGAAAUCUCCUAUCUGACACGAAUUCACUACAAGGCCCAGUCUGAUGGGAUCUGGGGUGAACACGAGAUAGACUACAUCUUAUUUGUACAGAAGGACGUAACGCUGAAUCCCAACCCUAACGAGAUCCAAAGCUACUGCUACGUGACGCAGAAAGAACUGAAGCAGCUCUUGGACAAAGCCUCUAAGAAUGAAGUUAAGAUUACUCCCUGGUUUAAACUAAUUGCAGAGGCCUAUCUCUUUAAGUGGUGGGAUAACUUAUCUAACUUGAACAAAUUUGUUGAUCAUGAAAAAAUACACCGAAUGUAAUAGCUGGGGUAGAAGAUGCUGAAGGCUAGCAGUGAUGUGCUGUCUCUAACACUAUGGUGACUCGUGACUCUUGAUCCACCUGGAGCAUG